AUGUUCCGCCAACGGAUUCGGAUCCGCCUAAUUGGUGAUCCGGGCCGUAUCGAGCAUAUCGAGCUGCACGAUCAGCAGCUCAAUAUCAAUUCGAGUAACGCUUGGCAUGGAAUGCUCUCAGAACGCAGAUCGGGUGAACAAAGUGACGGGAGUGCCGAGCAGUUGAACGAUAUCCAACGUGAGGUGGUACUGCCUGAGUUGGCGUUGAAUGAGGUGUUCAUUGGGGAGAGUUUGUCGUCGCGGGUAUCAUACUACGAACUACAAAUCGACGACGGGCAGCCAACCAAACAAAAGAGUAGCGGUGUAAAUGUUUGUACAGGAACUGGCUCAACCUCGUGGUACUAUAAUAUCAUCAAAUUGGAUGAGGAGAGUGUUAAAGACAUAAUGCGAAUCGCUUCUGAUGAAUUGAAUCAGCAAAUACCCUACGAAAACAAAGAACUGGUAAAACGCGUGUGCAGUGCGUUCAACCGAAAACUUAUAUUCGCACCUGAUUUUGAAAAAAUGGCGUUUCUGGUGCGCGACCCAGUUAGCAAUGCCACGUUCCUACCGUCCGCGCAUCGCGGGUUUGCGUCGCGUAUUCGCGUGCGGUCGCGUUGCUACGACGCGCAUUUGGUUAUAGAUGGAGGUGCUGCGUACAAAUUUAACGAUGGUGCUGAGGCCAUUUUAGAGGUCAGUAUUAUUUUUAAUAAAUAUUAUUUAUAUAUGUAUAUUAUUAUACAAUAA